GAUUGGGAGUGCUGGGCCUAGAUCCGUGAAGCUAGGAAAGCGUGGCUGGGACUGCCACCACUUAGAGAAGCCAACAUUAAAUUCAAUGAGUUUAUUCGGGAGUCCAGCUCCAAGACCCGUGAGCUCUUUUAGGCGAUGGGGCGGCGCUGGUGGCAGUCCCGGCCUCCCAACGCGAGGGGGCGCUGUGAGCUCCGUGAGGCAUCUUGGGCGCUGGGAGUUUACUGCGCAAGCGCAUUCAGGGCUUUGCCUCCAUCCACACGUGUGAAACUUUCCGGCCAGGCUUUCGAGAAAAAUGCCCAAAUUGAAGGCGGCCCGCGGGGCCGGGGGUCAGGAAAAGCAUGCGCCCUUGGCCGAGCAAAUCCUGGCUGGGGACGCGGUGCGGGCAGGGGCCCGGGAAAAGCGACGGGGUCGCGGAACCGGAGAAGAGGAGGAAGAGUACGUGGGGCCCCGGCUGACCCGACGGAUUUUGCAGCAAGCGCGGCAACAGCAAGAGGAGCUCGAGGCCGAGCAUGGGACCGGGGGCAGGCCCGCGGCGCCGCGGGAGCGCACCACGCGGCUGGGAGUGCCACAGGAUGGAUCAGAUGACGAGGAGUGGCCCACUCUGGAGAAGGCUGCCACCAUGACAGGGCCAGGCUACCACGCGGAGGUGGUUGUGGACCCCGAGGAUGAGCGGGCCAUUGAGAUGUUCAUGAACAAGAACCCUCCUGCCAGGCGCACCCUAGCUGACAUCAUCAUGGAGAAGUUAACUGAGAAGCAGACGGAAGUCGAGACAGUCAUGUCCGAGGUGUCAGGCUUCCCUGUGCCCCAGCUGGACCCCCGGGUCCUGGAGGUCUACAGAGGGGUCCGGGAGGUGUUGUCUAAGUACCGCAGUGGGAAACUGCCCAAGGCGUUUAAGAUCAUCCCUGCCCUCUCCAACUGGGAGCAAAUCCUCUACGUCACAGAGCCUGAGGCCUGGACCGCUGCUGCCAUGUACCAAGCCACGAGGAUUUUCGCCUCUAACCUAAAGGAACGUAUGGCCCAGCGCUUCUAUAACCUGGUCCUGCUCCCCCGGGUACGAGAUGACAUCGCUGAGUACAAACGACUCAACUUCCAUCUUUACAUGGCACUGAAGAAGGCUCUAUUCAAGCCUGGAGCCUGGUUUAAAGGCAUCCUGAUCCCGCUGUGCGAGUCGGGCACCUGCACCCUCCGGGAGGCCAUCAUCGUGGGCAGCAUCAUCACCAAGUGCUCCAUCCCUGUGUUGCACUCCAGUGCAGCCAUGCUGAAAAUCGCAGAGAUGGAGUACAGCGGUGCCACCAGCAUCUUCCUGCGGCUGCUGCUGGAUAAGAAGUACGCACUGCCCUACCGGGUGCUGGACGCCUUGGUCUUCCACUUCCUGGGUUUCCGGACAGAGAAGCGUGAGCUGCCCGUGCUCUGGCACCAGUGCCUCCUGACUUUGGUCCAGCGCUACAAGGCUGACCUGGCCACAGAGCAGAAGGAGGCCCUCCUGGAACUGCUCCGGCUGCAGCCCCAUCCCCUGCUGUCCCCCGAGAUCAGGCGUGAGCUUCAGAGUGCCAUCCCCCGAGAUGUAGAAGAUGUUCCCGUCACCAUGGAGUGAGGAAGCAGUGCUCGUCCUGGUCUGCAGGGCAUGGGAGGACACCAGGAUCCCUGCUGCCGACUAAAGGUGACACUGAGCCUUUAUAGCUGAAGACCCAGUUCAGGGCCACGAGAGGUCACGGGCCUCUUGAUUCCCCAGUUCCUGACAGGGAGAACUGAGUCUGGCUGGCUCUUUCUUCCAUUCUAGGCCUGCAUCCCUGCUCAGUUCUGGGACCUUGAGACUCCACAGCCCAACAGUCCCACUUCCCAGCUGGGGGCUGGAAUGGGUACUUUCUCUCAGGCUGUUUUGUCAGUUCACUGGGAGGUAGAUAAAAACAAAAGGCAGGUAUUUAUUGAACUUCAGUGUUUUGAUGUGGUGGAUGGAGAUCUUUCUGCUUUCCCUCUUUUGUGAAGGUGGGCGCUGCAUCCCUGCUCCUGUGUAGCAGUGGAUUCUUCCCCGGCUUACAUGGGAGCCGUGCCCCCCUCAAACAGACAAGUUUGUUUCUCUAGGCUGUACCCACCCUGCCAGCCCCUAGAGGGCACAGCCUUUGCCUUCCCCUGACACAGGCUACUUUGGGAGAAUGCCAGCAACCAGGAGGUUGUUCACAAGAUGAUCUCAGCUGUGGUUGGAAGAGCUAGGAGAAAGCACCUAGAGGAAAGUGGAGAUACAGAGGCGAGAAAGGUCAGGCCCAGGGUCAACCACCAGACCAGUUCCCUAACUUUCUUAGCUAAUGAAAGCUUUAGACCAAGGGUUGGCAAACCAGGGUCACGUGCCUGUUUCCUUAUGGCCCGUGAGCUAAGAAUUUUUACAUUUUUGAAUGGCUAGGGAAAAAAUUGAAAGAAGGGUAUUUUGUGAUAGGUGAAGAUUAUAUGAAAUUCAGAUCUCAGUGUCCAUAAAUAAAGUUUUAUUAAGAUGCAGCCACACUCAUCCAUUUCCAUGUUCUGUCUGGCUGCUUUCAUGCCACAGCGGCAGAGGCGAGUACAGUCUGGCUAGAACCCUUGUUAUUUGCUUUGGAGAAUGUGAAUUUGUUCCAGCCUAAUUACUGUAUUUGGGAGGAAUUUGAUCAUAAAGCAAAUUUCACAUUUA